CCGUCUCUGUGAUUGGCUGUGUAGAAGCCGGGAAAAUCCGAGUCUGUGUAUAGGAGGAGAUGGCGCAUUCGGUGAGAGGUGACCCGCAGGAGGUGUUGGAGGAAGUGGAGCUGCAGAUUGAUGAUGCUGCCUUUUCCUUGACCAAACUGCUUGAAGCAACAUCAGCCUUAUCCUCUCGGGUGGAAGAACUUACAGCUAAAUGCACAGAAAAUGCCCGUUUCCUGAAGGCCUGGCGAAUCCUUUUGAAAGAGGGUUAUCAAUCUUUGCAGCCUAACGCUGUAGUUGUGGCAGAACUUCCAGUAUCUGGGCCAUGACCUAUUUUAAAUGCUAGCAUGCAUGGAUGUUGGAAAUACCUUUUGGACAUGCGCUUGCACAUUGUGCUUCAUUGUUCUACAAACUGACCUUGCUUGAGUAUACUGGUCCUAAAGGUGGAAUUGUACAUGUAAUGACACCAUUUGGCACUUUUUUCGUAGACCUAUAGCAUGAGUUUCAGAAUCCUUCCUUUUUAUCUGUGUAAAAUAUAUAUUGCAUUGUUUAGUAAAAACUCCAGUCUUGGAUAAAAUAUGUAUAAGUGUGCUGGGGCUAGAAACUCCCUGGAGCUAUAUAAACAAAAUAUGCCCUACAAAUUGCAGCUGGAACAGAAUGGGGUUGAUU